AGCAGGGCCUCGUUUGAAGGCGGAAAAACACAGCGAAAAAGCUCCCGGCGAGGAUCGAACUCGCGACCUUUCGCUUACGAAGCGAACGCACUACCACUAUGCUACGGAAGCUCCUGUGACGCUCGCUCUGGAUUGAUGUUUUCUAAACAGAUAUUCAUUUGGAAGAAGUCGUCAUCCCCGACUCUGAAGUCAAAACCCUUGAAGAAUCUUGUGCUCCGGACGUCAAGCACGUUCUUUGUAGUUGCAGCGCUAGGAGAAGCAAGUAAGCAAGAGAUGUGUGGUAUUGCUCUGAUUGUCUCAGGCGUUCGGAUUGACAUUUCAUGUUUGUUCUUGGAUUCGACAUGCCCACCACACAAAACAGAAGAUUUGGUGUUCUCUGUAGAUGAUCUUAAAGCAGCUCUACGUAGAAGGGGUCCUGAUAGCUUAGGUAGCAAGAAAGUGAAUCUUCAAUUCAACGUCUCAGGUCAAAAAAACAUUUCAACUUUCAUUGAAGAUGACGAGGCAUUGGAAUUGGGGGCAGACAUUGAGAAGUUGCAUAUAGUACUGUCUGGAAAUAAAUGUGAUUGUGUCUCCUUGGAUAACGGGCUGCCUUGCUCGUUAUACAAUGCUGGUGUCCAAAGUCCGUCUGCAGAACUGCAUUUCAUUGGUGCAACCUUACAACUCAGGGGAAUAAAUCCGCUCGUUCAACCUUUGGUGGAUUCGCAUGAAAACAUCCUUGUAUACAAUGGUGAAAUUUUUGGAGGAAUCCAUAUUGCAAGUGAUUACAAUGACGCUGAAUUUCUCAUGCAAGCACUUGGAAAGUGCGGCUCAUGUGAUUCUAUUCCUGAUCUUCUUUCUAUGAUUAAAGGACCAUGGGCUAUCAUCUACUGGCAGGAUAGCUCAAGAACCCUUUGGUUUGGCCGAGAUGCAUUUGGUAGGCGGAGCCUGCUUGUUCACUGGCCUACAGAAGAUGACCCAACCUUUAUGCUUUCUUCUGUAUCUCCUCUUUCACCUAUUGAGAAGGUUUCUGGCUAUCUCAGUUACUGGGAAGAGCUACCAUGCGGAAUAUACAGUGUACAUGUUGAGGCAUCAAAUUCUAAUCGGGGACUGAUUGGUGAAGUCAGAAGACAUGAAUAUACAAACUCAACGCUAAAGGAGCUUAUCAAAUGGGAGAGAACUUCUAUUGAACCCAAACCUGAAGACCUUCGUACAUCCCAAUAUGAGUCUUCUAGGAUGCAACACAAUGUGCAUUCAACUCUGUUGGAGGCAGCUGCAUGUGAGACAGGCCCAAAUCAAUUCUCAUUGCCAGCUCAUUCUCUGCUAAAGACUUUAAAGGAGUCUGUGUUUCGGCGCACUUCAUUGUAUACUAUCUAUCAGGCGACAAUCUCUGAUGUUGGACAAGAAGGUUAUGUUCCUGUGGCUGUUCUGUUUUCUGGUGGCCUGGAUUCCAUGAUACUUGCAGCAUUAUUGGAUCAAUGUCUAGAUCCCUGCUAUGAAAUUGAUCUACUUAAUGUGAGCUUUGAUGGCCAGUCUGCUCCUGAUAGAUUAUCUGCCAAGGCUGGUUUAGAAGAACUAAAAAGAGUUGCACCUUCUAGAAGGUGGAGGCUCGUUGAGGUUGAUGCCGAAUUGUCUGACUUGGCUUUUGAAACAAGUCAUGUUAUGUCACUCAUAGAACCUGCAAAUACUUACAUGGACUUGAAUAUAGGAAUUGCUUUAUGGCUUGCUGCUCGUGGUGAUGGAUGGGUGUCUGAUGGAAAUAGCGAUGGCAAUGACAACAAUCUUGCACGUAUUAAAUACAAGUCCAAAGCAAGGAUUUUACUUGUUGGUUCUGGUGCUGAUGAGCAGUGUGCUGGCUAUGGUAGACACAGAACAAGUUAUAGACGAGGAAGUUGGCUGGAGCUUGACAAGGAAAUGAAACUGGACAUACAGAGAAUUUGGAAAAGAAAUUUAGGGAGAGAUGAUAGAUGCAUUGCUGAUAACGGAAAGGAGGCUAGAUUUCCUUUUCUGGACGAGGAUGUCAUGAGGAUCUUGCUCAAUUUUCCUUUGUGGGAGGUCACCAACCUUGAUCAACCAAGCGGAAUUGGUGAUAAAAAGAUUCUAAGAACGGUUGCACAAUUGCUUGGUUUACAUGAAGCGGCAGUGUUGCCCAAACGAGCGAUCCAGUUCGGUUCCAGAAUUGCGAGGGAGUCCAAUCGCAAGAAUUUCGGAAGUAACCGGGCUGCAAAUCAGGCAUCCGCUGGCAGUGUGAUGAUUCACAGUAAAUCCAACCUGAGUUGAUUCCUUAUUUCCUCAUCUUUUGACCCACAACACCUAUCGCCUUAAUCCAGAGCACCUUGUUUAAUAUAAGCUU